GCAGGGCAGCCACUGAAUCACGUGGCGCUGACAAAAAAGCGCGUGGACUGACAACUAGUCGUUGUGGUUGCAAAUCGUAAUCACUGCCGUUUGACACCUGACAACUGCAGAGAGAUUAGUUUAACAUUUGUGUGUCUGAUUGAACAGACUUUGAGAUCUUGCCCUAGCAGCAAACCAGGGACGGGACCAAAGUUUCGAGGCCAGCGCUUGUGCUUGACGGGCGUAGAUAGAUAGACAGUGUGCAGUGCUGUUCGCAACUGAAACAGUGAACUUUCACUAGUCUGACUGACUGGAAGUGCUCGAUUAUUGCUUUGUGCACAACUUUAGUCAACGGCGGAGGACUUAGUCAGCUGAUUUUAGGCACUUCACAAUUAGUUCUGGCGACCAGUGGACUAACAAGUAGUAAAAGGCCACAAUCGUUUUGAAGAAUUUUAGAUUUAGCAAGGCCCAUCUUUUCCCUGGGCUAAUCUGGACCGCUUAUACUCGAUCAGACGGUCGUUCUGCCUCUACGAAGUACGAAGGCCGCCCUUCGUCUUCCUCCCCCACCUCGUUUCCGUUUCCCUCCCCGGCGUCUCCCUCUCCUCGCCGCCGCCGCCAGAGAUGGGCCGUGCGCCAGCGAACGGUAAGCACUCACUGCCGCCGCCGCCUCCUCCUCCAGGACGUUGCCACUUCUGGCUCCCCAACAAGCGCCGCCACUGCGCCAACUCCCCUCUCCCGUCCUCUCAGUAUUGCGGAAACCACCUCCCUGAGUCCGCUUCCGGGGCCGGCCGCCGCGUCCCCUGCCCCGUCGACCCCUCCCACACGGUGCUCGAGGAGAACCUGGAGGCGCACGUCGGCAAGUGCCCCCUGAAGAAGCAGGUCGCCGCGCUCACCGCGCAGCCGUACUACUCCAAGGGCAUCAACUCCGGCGCGGGUGAGGCGGGCUGCGUUGUGACGUCGGCGGAGAAGCGCGCGGCCGUGUACAGGCUUACCGAGGAGGAGUUCCGGUGUCUGCUCGGGAAGAUCCGGUCGGUGCAUGUGGCCACCGCUGCGGCCAUACGGGAGUCCUACCUGAUCACCGGUGCUACCGAUAAGUGGAUGAACGGCCAGGUCGAUAGGAAGAUGCCGUACCAAGAGAAGCAUGUCGCUCAGCAGGCAUCCAUUGUUGGAAACAUGGAGGCAUUUGGCCUGCUGCGGAAGGGUAGCGAUGAGGUGGUUGAUGGGGAGAAUGCGGCGGUGAGUGCUCAAGCAGUUGUGGAGUUUGGAGCUGGAAGAGGGUACUUGACUCAGGUGCUGGUGGACUGUUAUGGGAUCACGAAUGUGUUCUUGGUUGAGAGGCGGUCCUACAAGCUUAAGGCCGAUCGAAGCUUGCGUCAAAACGAAGAUGUUACCUUGGAGCGUUUGAGAAUUGAUAUUGAGGAUUUGAAACUGCACGGAGUAGAGGCAUUGAGGGGACUCCAGUAUCUAGCAAUUGGAAAACAUCUGUGUGGACCUGCCACAGAUAUGACCAUGAUGUGCUGUCUUCCUGAACGAUAUGAACAAACAGAAGAAAACAGCAAACAUAGUCUUCAAGGCCUUGCUCUAGCUACCUGCUGCCACCAUCUUUGCCAAUGGAAGCAUUACACAAAUAAAUCGUUCCUCUUGGGACUAGGUAUCACAGAGGAAGAAUUUCAUGCCAUGACAUGGUUUAGCAGCUGGGCUGUGGACGGUGAUCAUAGCUACCCAGAUUCCCCAGUGGGGGCUGAAGAAAUGUCCUCUGAAGUCAGAGAACUAGAGAAGCCUGAUCAGGACGCCAUCGGAAUUGAGAGAAUAAUCCGAAGUAUACCAGCAGGGGAGAGGGCCUCUCUGGGAUCCAUGUGUAAAGAUAUCAUUGAUACGGGGAGGCUAUUAUGGCUUGGGCAGAAGGGUCUAGUUGCUGAUCUUGUAAGCUAUGUUCCAUCCAAAAUUUCACCAGAAAACCAUCUACUCAUCGCAAAAUGUACAUCUUGAUUAGGCUGAAAAGCACGUGCAUGUAUUUCAGCCCUGCAAAUUUGCAGAAACUUGGAUCGUAAAAGAUAGUUUCAACAAAUACAAUCUUGAGUUUUUCAGCGACAUUCCAAGAAA